UGUCAGCAGUCAGCAGCAGAGCAGCUUACGUUCGCACAAACUGUCAUCAGACGUGGUCAUUGCCGUACCGUUUUCUGCGAGUCGUGUUUUGCUGCUGGACUCGUUUCAUCCCAAGCAGUUUCAUCUUGUGCGGCGUCCUGCAGAUCUGGCCGAUUCCUUUCACUUUCCACUGUCGUCGAAUCCGAACCUAAAACCCCUUUCGUCGUCAUGGAAGGAACGAAAGGAAACUCUCUCCCCAGGGGAACAAGUUCACAGCCGAAAGAUGAUCUGGACCAGACGCCCAUCUUCCUAGCGGUUCUCGUUGUCCUCAUUACUCUCAUGCUCUUGUACGUUUGGAAGAAGAAGCGCACCGCACGAUCUGACGUACUACUAAUGGGCCUGUGCGAUUCGGGUAAAACACUGCUGUUUUCACAUCUGAUUUUGGACGAGGAGAAAGAAACGUUUACUUCGAUCAAGGAAAACGUAGGUUACCUGACGGCCGCCAGCGGAGAGCUUCGAGUGGUUGACGUUCCCGGCAACGAACGACUCCGCGGGAAGUUCUUUGAUCAGUACAAAAAUUUGGCCAAGGCGAUUGUCUACGUCAUCGACAGCGUUACGGUGCAAAAGGACGUUCGGGAUGUUGCCGACUUUCUGUACACUAUUCUGGCAGACAAGGCCACGACAAACCUUCCGGUGAUCGUCCUAUGUAACAAGCAGGACGAAACACUGGCCAAGGGCGAUGGCGCAAUCAAGAGUCUACUGGAGAAGGAAAUAAAUUUGGUUCGUCAGACGCGAACGAGCGAGCUGCAAUCGGUGGACCCGCAGAGUGCCGGCGCAGUUUUUCUUGGCAGAUCUGAUAAAGAUUUCGAGUUCGGUCAGCUUUCGCAGAAGGUGAAACUGGUUGCCUGUUCUGCUAAGGAGUGCCAGCUCGAGGAUUUGAAUGCAUUUUUGGAUAGUUUGUAAGGCAGUGUACGUAUUUUUGUUUCAUGCUUAUUAGCAUUAUUAAUUACUUUUAGAAUUGUGGUGGGAAAACCUGAGCACCGAGAGCAAGGUUUUCUUUUUUUUUCUGUUCAUCUUAUUUGUUCGGUCUCUUUCUCUUAAUCUUCCAUUAUGAGUCCAAUGUGCUCUGUUGUCGUGAAUAAAUAUUUCGAAGAAAUGAAA